AUGAAUUGGGUUUAUCCGACAUCAAAGACGGGAGAUCCAGUGGGGAAUGAGGCCCACGGCCGGGCGUGGGCAGCGCUGGAGGACAGGCCCUCGCAGUGUGCUGCGGGGGAGGGCGGCCCCUGCAGAAGUCGUUUAUGGACCAUUCUCUUUCCCAGGAUCAACUCAGAAGUGGACGCUGAGGGUCGGCUGUGGGUGCCGCCAGAGAGCUCUGUGCCCUUCCUGCCAACCCUGGGGUCUCGAGGCGGCAAGUUCUCCUUUGAAGCUACUGAAAGGGCCACGUUUGUUUUCACUACAAAUAAGAACACGGAGUGGGCUCCUGUCGUAAGGUGGGGGCGGGAGCAGCCUCGCGCAGUCUUCAGAGGCAGCCCCACCAGGCUCUCUCUGGAGGGUGGGUCUCUGCUUCCCUUUCCCGUGUUUAUUUUUAGACCAAGUCAAGUGGCCCGGGGGGCUGUCCGGACUCCUAACCUUCAGCGGGGAGGGCAGCUCCGCCCUUCGCCCCAAGGCUUCCUGCCCGUCGACACGUGUGUGUUCCUGGACGGGGUGGGGGGAGCUGGUGUCUUGGCACAGCCCAGGGAGGGAGAGCCCCAGACGGGAAAGGGCUUUUUAGAGGUGGGGUGCAGGCGACGGGGCGGUGCAUUAUUUUUAACAUUUGAUUUAUUUUUCCAACUGGACUUCUUCCCGGGGCUCUUUCUGGGCCCAGCUGCCUUUGUGGUCCCGCGCCCGGGCCCUCGGCCUCUCACCUCCAGCGCGGGGGCGCCCCCUGCUGCCGGAAGCGGCUGUGACCGGGCAGAGGGGCCAUCUGGGGCUCUCUGGGUUCUCAGGCCGGGGGCUGCAAACCGAGAGGCAGAUGAUCCAUCAGAAAAGAGCCGGCACUGCCCGGCCCUGCGCCCCGGCCCCUGCCUUUUUCCGGGAGCGUGCCGCGCCCCCCACGGCAGCUUGACCCCAGGCUCUGGGUCCGCCGUGCCCCACAUCAAGGGAGAGCCAAGGACCCCAAGCGGAAGGUCGGGAGCGGCGAUGUGGGGGACCCUUGGCUACAGGCCCCGCCGGGUUCUCCCUCCAGUCCUUGCUUACUCUGGGGACCGGGCGACACCAGUGCCUGGAUCUCGGCCUCGUCCCCAUGUGCCCUGCCCCCCGCCCCGUCUACUAAGAACCAAGUCUGGUUCAUUUUCUUCCAAGAGCUGGAAUCCACUCUCAGCUAGCUGAGGGCCCAGGCCACCCCUCCCCUCCCGACCUGUGUGCCCUCUGGGCUCCAGGGCCCCUCACACCGUGACCAGGGCGCGUCCCCUGUGGGGCCGGCCAGUCGGCACAGUGCCAGGCACGCAGUGCCCUGGGCCCCCUCUGAAGUUGUUCUGUGUCUUUAACAUCAGAAGGAAGACAUUAACCUUUAGGCUGAAGAAAAUGUUUUAGUAGACAGUAUCAACAUAUUUAUCUUUAUCCAACAACCAUAAAAUAUAACUUUAAAUAUUGUAUUGAUGGAGAAAGGCGCUCAUGUAGGCAGAAGUGCCUGGGUCACGAGCAUCCCAGCGCCGACCUGGAGGGACCUCGUGCUCCCUGGCCAACAGAGCUGAAACGAGGGUGAUGCCCAGAUUUCUUGCACAUGGCAGUGAUGGGAGUUCCCUAGAAAGCUUCAUGUGGAUUCUUUGCUUUUUAUUUUCUCUAUUAAUAAAAAUGUAUGAUGUUUACAUUGUCAGAGAACAAACAGAA